AGUCCGUGAAAGUUUAGCGCUAACAACAAUUUAACAAUGGUUAAAUCAUUAAAAAUCGCAAAAUAACAACUAAAUUGAUGAAAAAUUCCUAGUCCCGUUCUGUUUAGUCGAUGGCGCCAUUCCCCUCUCACCGCGCAAACGUUUUUACAUUAGCCUUCACCGACCCUGCUCGAAAGUCACCGAUUUAGUUCUGUUAGUCCUGUUUAGUCGGUUGCUGGCGUUAGAAGUGCUAGUGUUUGCGUGUCGCGUGGUGCUCGAGCUACGAUUCUCUCAACCGCCCCCCUAGUAAGCGAUCGGCGACUCGUGGCCAGUGUUUUUUCGGCAGCAAGUCAGUGCUUUUUGGUGUGAUUUACUUGGGAGAGAAUCGCAAUAGUGGCCCCCAAAUGUCCUUUCAAUUGUUGCUAUCCGUGCCGCGACCGAAAGAGCCCCUUAAUGUUUAUGUUUCGACGUAGGAGAACGACCAAUUUGACGCGAAAAUUGUUGCGCAAACGGAGGACUAACCUGAAUGGCCCUUCGGUUGCGGAUAAGGGCCCCGCGGGGCCCAAGGAUACCAAGGAACGGGACGUGCAGCAACUCCUCAAAAAACUCCAGGAUACUCAAUUGGAGAUGUUGCUGACAGCGGUGGAGACGCGCGGGUUGGAGCUCGGUCAUUGCGUGCUCGUGCCGCGCGAGUACUCGUACGAGCCGCACCUCUUAUGCUGCCAAUUUUGGAGGUGGCCGGAGGUGCGGCAAGUGAACGAGUUAAGACGGUUGCCCCAAUGUGGCGCCGCUGGUGAUCUGGUCUACUCCUGUUGCAAUCCCUUCCACUGGAGUCGGCUCUGUCAACCUGAAACGCCUCCACCUCCUUAUAGUCGAACCAAUGAAGAUAGGAUAAGACCUGAAGAUCGAGCUCCUAGUGAACUACCUCUGCUGACUAGGAAUUCCUUCGAAUCGCUCACGACUAGUGGUGAUUCUUCGAUGUCCAAUCGGCAAAAAUGGUGCAAAUUGGCCUACUGGGAGUUGCAAGAGAGAGUGGGCCCCCUGUUUCCGGUGGAACAUCAACAUGUUAACGUGUUCGGAAACGUUUCUUAUGGGCUGGACGGUCUCUGUCUGACGACAUUGGGGCCCCAAAACCCGAAGGAGUCUGAAGCUAGUCGGAAAACCAGGGCUAAGAUAGGAUUAGGUGUGACUUUAUCCUGCGAACCCGACGGCUUCGUGUGGCUGUUCAAUCGAUCAGAACAGCCGGUGUUUGUCGACUCGUUGUACCUGAAGGGGGGCUGCGAGGACCCCUAUGGUUGGCCCACGCGGGUGCCUCCCGAUCACUGUGUUUGUGUGUUCGCUCCCGGUGGGCCCCAAUCGUUCGGUUGGGACCAGUUGAUGUCGGGAACCUGCCCAAGAGGACCCGCUGGCGAUCCUAAUUCGAUACGGAUCAGUUUUGUGAAAGGUUGGGGUAGCAGGUAUUCCAGACGAGAAAUCACUUCAUGCCCGUGUUGGCUUGAAAUCCUGCUGGCACCGUGUAGGUGAUUAUGAGGAAAAUAUACAUUCGAAGAUACCACGGAGAGAUACCGAGGAUUGGAUACUAACCUAAGCGUUCCACUAGUGGAACGUGUGAUAAACAAAGACAAAGUUGCGAAUAAAUACUGUUUAAUUAUUGUUAUUAAGUAUAUAUAUGGCCUUGGGGAGGGGGAAUGAAGAUCGCGGCACUCGCGCGUUAAUUACCAUUGAACCAAUUGUCCAGUCGAGUGCUGCAAUCUUCAGUCUUCUUUCUGGUAAUCGACAGUUUGUAACAAGCCAGUGCACGA